AAGACCUCACAAAAAGGAAAGUCUUUCUCUAUUCUUCUUCUUUCAGAGGAAGGAAAAGAAAAAGUAAAAAAAAGAAAAGAAAGAAAACGUAGCAGUAGCACAGAGGAAAAGUUGCUUGGAAAAUCUUGUAUUCGAAUACUGGUCUUCAAACUUUGUAUUAGAAAGAGCAACGCAAAGCACAAUUUUGCUUAAUCCACACCCUCUCUCUCUCUCUCUCUCUCUCUCUCUCUCUCUUUGUGAUUCUUUACCAUGAACGAACGCACAAACAGACCCGUCGAUCCGUUUCUCUUGAACUAUCAGCCCCGCGACCUCGAAAUCGCUUCGGAGUUCCUCGGCACUUGGCUUCCUUUCCUCUCCAGAGAUCUCUGCCAUCACUGCACCGAUACCCUCUCCGAUCGUAUUCGUUCUCUCGAACCAGCAUUUAAGGGUGAUUCUACGCCCGGAAAUGUGGACAACAAGUCUAAAGCUUCAACCUCGAAUAAUGUGGAAGAGGAUGAGGAGGAGGAGGCUAACGAUAAUCAUGAUGAUAAUGAUGAUAAUUGUGAUGUGAAUUCGCCUGGGAGUUGGAAAGGUGAAGCAUCCGGAUCGUCCGAACAUGUUGUAGAAGAAGCUUCUACAAACGAAUUGUCUGGUGGGUCACCUCCCAUUCAGACCCCAAGUCCUCGAAUGUCUUGGGCAGAUAUGGCCCAAGAAGAUGAGCUUGAAGAAGAGGUGGAGGAAAAAGAAGAAGAAGAAGAAGACGACAAUGAAUAUGAAGAUAAUGAAUCUAAUAAGCGAACGGUGAAUAUAAAUAAUUCCACCGGAGAGUUAACGAUAUCUAAGGUUGUUGAAAAGCCCAAAUUGUCUAGGGAACAAAGGGAGUAUCUUAGAUUAAUGAAAGUCGAGAGGAAGAAAGAUUUUAUCUGUUUGGAGAGGUUUAAGGGGAAGAUAGUCAACAUUCUCCAGGGAGUCGAACUCCAUACAGGAAUUUUCAGUGCUGCAGAACAGAAGCGGAUAGUGGACUACAUUUACAAGCUUCAGGAGAAGGGUAAAAAGGGUGAAUUUAAAGAACGUACAUAUACAGCACCUCAAAAGUGGAUGAGGGGCAAGGGACGUGUAACUAUUCAAUUUGGGUGUUGUUACAACUAUGCAGUGGAUAAAAAUGGUAAUUCACCUGGAAUCCUUUAUAAUGAAAUGGUGGAUCCUAUACCAGAUUUCUUCAAGGUGAUGAUUAGGAGGCUGGUCAGAUGGCAUGUACUUCCACCAACCUGUAUUCCUGACAGUUGCAUUGUCAACAUAUAUGAAGAAGGGGACUGUAUUCCUCCUCAUAUUGACAACCACGACUUUGUUCGACCGUUUUGUACUGUUUCAUUUCUAAGUGAAUGUAAUAUAGUUUUUGGCUCGAACUUAAAGGCUGUCAGUGCUGGUGAAUUUGCGGGUGCAAUUGCCAUCUCGUUACCGGUGGGAUCUGUUCUUGUGUUGAAUGGAAAUGGGGCUGAUGUGGCUAAGCACUGUGUCCCUGCAGUACCUACAAAGAGGAUAUCAAUAACAUUUAGAAGAAUGGAUGAAUCAAAGAGACCUCUUGGAUAUGCGCCGGAAUCUGAUUUACAGGAUAUUCAACCAUUGUCGUUUGAUGUGGAGAAGACAAAUAGGACAAAUUCUCAUUCUCCUGAAGCUGGACGAUAUGUCGUAAGGAGGCAGCAGCCAAUAGCGAAUAGAAGAGUAGGCAAUAUGGAUGGAAGAGGUUCUGGUAGAAGAAGUGAUUUUCGAUCAGAAUAUCCAGAGUCAGCCUGGAGUCGAAGAGGAUUUGGAAACUGGCGGAGGCACUGAGUCAAAUUGGAUAGCUAAAGGCCCGGCCCAAGUUUUAUUUUUGGCCUUAGUAUAAAAAGAAGUAAUGGGUUUUUUUUUUUUUUUUUUUCUAUAUAUAUAUAUAUAUAAAGGAAAAUUAAAUAGUAUUUGAUUAAUUUUGUUACCAUUUCUUUUCCUUUGCUAUGAAUAGAGUGGGGGGUAUUUGGCUUGAAGCAUAUCCUUUAUUGUUUUUACACUUUGUUCAGAUGGAUGUGUGAUUAAUCAUCUUGUGUAAGGGAUGUUGAUAAUUAUUGUAAUUUUUAUUUUUAUUUUUCCAUAA